AAAAAAAGAAAGAUUGGGAAGAUGAAGAAGAGGACGAAGGGAUUGACGACCCAGCAAUAUGUUAUAAUAGAUUGAUAGUGGGAAUUGAAACUGCACGAGAAAAUCAAACGGCCUAUCUUAGAGCAGAGAAUGUCUCUCCAUGCCCAAAACAUCCUUGUGCAAAAGAAUUUCUAUCAGAUAUGGAAGUUCAAAAACUCCAACAAAUGGCUAUUGAAAUUAUAAAUAAAGAAUCACAUUUGAGCCUAUCUGCUAAAACACUUCUGGAGAUGCUUCAAUGUAGCACUUUCAGUCUCAAAAAACUCAGUAAGGAGAAGAGGGCUUGGGGGAUUAAAGGUAUUUGUUCCUUGCUUAAAAUAGACGCGGAAAUAUAUGACAAAGAUACCCAGUACAUUGGAGAAUGUAUGGAUGCCUUUGGAGAAAGUCAUUCAGAUGCCGACAGAGAUGAGAAGUCUUCCCAGUCAGAAUCAGGAGCAACUGGAAAGGCGUGUGAUUUUAUUUUCCGGGGAAAUGAGCACGAGAUUGGCAUUAGAGAGAACACUGGCCCCACUCAUAAGGACCAUCAUAAAAAAAGUGUCCCCGAUUUUGUAGAUGUCAUGAAUGUUGCUCGAUCGCAACAUAUUAGUUUCCAAAUGGAAAAAAGUGGUUGCAAUCCUCUUCCCUCAAAUAUUGAGAAUGUAUUGAA